GGGGGUGGGGGUGUCAGGAGAGAUUUAUUUAUUUUAUUCCUUCCUUCCCCCCCCACCUUGUUUUUCCUGUUUGUGGCUAUUUCUAACGAAAAGGUGGUCUUCGGCGCUUCGCCUCUUAUUAUAUUCUUGCUUUUUUUUUUUUUACCUCCCCCCCCUUCCCAUCUUCCAGACCUUCUCCUCUUUGUAAGUGUGAAGGGGGCUUAGGGGAGGGGAGGGGGCUGCUCUCUGUCUCGCCUUCCCAUCGAAAUGCCUUAUUUUUACCUCUUUUUUUUUUUUCUUUUCCCCGAUUGUUUUUUUUUUCUUCCUUUUUUUUUUUUUUCCCCUUUUAAUUUUGAUUAUUAAAAACCCGUUUCAGAUGACUGUGUUUUGCCAACCCCUUCCUUUAUCUCCUACACACACACACACACGCACACACACACAGACAAGGAAAUAAAAGCCCUGCACAGCCCUUACGGGCACGGCACCCCCCGCGCUCCCACUUCCCCUCGCAGCCUCCAUUAUGUGGCCGCCGAACUCGGUGCUGUACGGAUGGCCUUCGUGCCCCCCACUGCCCAGGUGUGGGGCCGAGGUGACGCUCAGCCCUGUGAAAUGGCUGGCGUCGGACACACGGCCCCGAGACCGGCUUUAUCCUGCCUUUAUAUAAUGGUCUUUGUGCAUCACGACUAAACCAUGGAGCUUCGAGUGGGGAACAAAUACCGGCUGGGCAGAAAGAUUGGCAGUGGUUCGUUUGGAGACAUUUACCUGGGAGCCAACAUUGCGACUGGUGAAGAGGUGGCUAUCAAAUUGGAAUGUGUCAAAACCAAGCAUCCCCAGCUUCACAUUGAAAGCAAGUUCUACAAGAUGAUGCAAGGAGGAGUGGGUAUCCCCUCUAUCAAGUGGUGUGGAGCAGAGGGGGACUAUAACGUGAUGGUGAUGGAGCUCUUGGGGCCGAGCCUGGAAGAUCUCUUCAACUUCUGUUCCCGCAAAUUUAGUCUCAAGACAGUUCUGCUCCUGGCAGACCAGAUGAUUAGUCGUAUUGAGUACAUUCAUUCCAAGAACUUCAUCCACCGGGAUGUGAAGCCAGACAACUUCCUUAUGGGGCUUGGUAAAAAAGGCAACCUAGUAUACAUCAUUGAUUUUGGUUUGGCCAAGAAGUACCGAGAUGCCCGGACCCACCAGCACAUACCUUACCGGGAAAACAAGAAUCUGACUGGCACAGCUCGUUAUGCUUCUAUCAACACCCACCUGGGAAUCGAACAGAGUCGUCGUGAUGACCUGGAGAGCCUGGGCUAUGUGCUCAUGUAUUUCAACCUGGGCUCGCUGCCCUGGCAGGGCCUCAAGGCUGCCACCAAGCGCCAAAAGUAUGAGAGGAUCAGCGAGAAAAAGAUGUCAACGCCCAUUGAGGUGCUCUGCAAAGGGUACCCUUCUGAGUUCUCAACAUACCUCAACUUCUGCCGCUCGCUGAGGUUUGAUGACAAACCUGACUACUCGUAUUUGCGACAGCUCUUCCGUAACCUCUUCCACCGCCAAGGCUUCUCCUACGACUACGUCUUUGACUGGAACAUGCUUAAAUUUGGAGCAGCCCGAAACCCUGAGGAUAUGGAUCGGGAGCGGCGAGAGCACGAGCGAGAAGAAAGGAUGGGACAGCUCCGGGGGUCAGCCACACGAGCACUGCCCCCUGGCCCACCUGCUGGAGCCACUGGCAACCGUCUUCGCAAUGUCGCUGAGCCCAUGGCCUCCACCCCCACCUCCCGAAUCCAACAGUCCGGAAACACGUCCCCCAGAGCAAUCUCGAGAGUGGACAGGGAGCGGAAGGUCAGCAUGAGGUUACAUCGAGGAGCUCCUGCCAACGUCUCCUCAUCCGACCUCACAGGGAGGCAAGAAGUGUCACGGAUUUCAGCAUCACAGACAAGUGUGCCAUUUGAUCACCUUGGGAAGUGAGGAGCAAUUGCCACUGGACCAGUGUUUGCUUAGUGUCUUCACUGUAUUUUUCUUUUAAAAAACAAAAAACCCCAAAAAACAAACAAACAACUUAAAAAAAAAAAAAAAACCCAACAAAAUCACACACAAACACACAUGAAAAAAACCAACCCAACAAACGACAACAGAUUUUCUUUUUGCCAACGAGGAGUCGAGCUGUACCCUGUGCUGGUGCGAGCCAUUUCCGAGAGGGCUGCCUGCGUUCCCCCAGUGUGAGCACCUCCAAGGAGCCGACGACGUGGGAGCCGUGCAGAAACACCUCCGUGCAGCUGCCCCCAGCCCACCCGGGCCCUUUGCUGCCUGCCCGUACCCUCUCCUGGUUUUUAGUUUCUUCUUCCUUCUUUCUCCCCUCCCCUUUGGGUAUCUCCUGCUUUGUUAUUUUUUUUUUAUUAUUAUUAUUUUCAGAUCAUAUGGUUUCUAGCCAUAUACAUUUUGACUUUGCUCUCCUUUUUCUCUGAGGGCAGGGGAUUCGGGGGGAGGGGAUUUGCUUUUCUGUUCUGUCCUUUUCAGGAGACUUAUGGGCUGGGAAGGAAUCAGAUUUCAGCCACACUCGAUGAUAGAAGUCUGAUUUUUUUUUUUUUUAUUGUAAUAACAGAAUUUAUUUUCUCAAGCAUUAAACACAUUCUAAGCUGUGAGGGGAAUCGUGGCAACGGCCUCAUCGCUGACUCGGGCUUCCUUUCCUUGGUGGCUUCUCUGCGUCUUGGUUCCAAGUGGCUCUCCAUGCCAAGACACCCAGAGCUGAAGUACAGGGAGAUGAGAACCCACUUCCCAUCCCUGCAGCGGAGUCUCUUUUUGUCUGGCUGUGCGUGUUUUUCUAUUUUUAUUUUUUAAUUUGUAAUUAAACAUGUUUUAAUUCCUCGGAGACAGCGCGAGGAGAAGAGAGGGCUACGCAGCAACUCACGGAGCGGUGGCUCUUGCUCUCUCUCCUUCCCUCCGGCGGCCCCGGUGAGAUCCACCCUCCAUGCACAACCCCUUCCCUUCCCCUCCCCCCCCCACUUUUAGUUGUUUUUAAACUAUAAUUUAGGAAUACUCGAGCUGCCCCGUGGCGCUUGGGGGCUCAGAAACACAGCGCUGACCACUGCGACCUGUGGCCUGUAGCAGACACACUGUCACUGGAGUGUGGGGCCCGUGGGUUGUGGGCAGGGCGGGGGGGUGGGGGAGUCUUUUCGUUCGUUCGUUUUUAUCCUUUCUAUUUAACACUUCGGUUUUAUUCCUCCCUGGUUUGUUUUUUUUUUUUUCCUAAUUUAUUUACCCCUCUUACUGUCUCUCUCUCUCUCUCUCCCUCUUUUUUUUUUUUUUAAUUAAAGAGCGAAACUUUUUAUUACUUUGUAAUUUAAAAAAACAAACAAAAAAAAAAACCUGAAGAACUUUGGGGGGGAUUUUGUACUUUUUUCCUGUGUAAAUAUUGGACUUUUUUGAGCUUUAUCGUGGUUGUUAAUUUGAAGUAAUAAAGUAGAAAAUGAUAAAGUGA